AUGCCCGUUGAUCGAGCGUCUUGGAGAAACGUCUGGCUCUAUGAGGCUUCCACUGGCAAUUUACUGGGAGGGACUUAUCAAAACGGCUCAAUGACAGGAGCGAAUCUUUUGUCAAUCUUAGAUGGAGUUCUUUUUGCCGUCGAUGAUCAGUGGAGUGUGAAACAUCGAGAUUCUUGGAUUACGAUCGGCCCAACAGAUGCUGCUCUUCAACCUGGCGAAUACGACAUUUACUGUCAAAGCUCUAUUCGCGUGAACAACGAACCAUGGGUCGCUCGACUCAUUAGUCACAGUGUAUCCGGUCGAGUGGAUGCAUUUCGUGACGGUGUCCGCGCGCGCGAUGGAAAGUGUGUGGUAUCCGGCGUUGUGAACAUUCGCGCUCCGUGGAAUACGUGGUCUGGCUUCGAAGCGGCCCAUAUAUUUCCACUGGCCUGUGAAAGCAUCUGGACGGAGUUCAAUUACGGACGGUGGAUUACAGACAUGGACAGCACAACUGGAGGCUCAGGAAUCAAUUCCAUUCAAAAUGGAUUGCUGCUGCAGGCUACUUUCCACACGGACUUUAAUAAUUAUUUGUUUUCAAUCAACCCGGAUGACGGCUAUAAAAUCACCUAUUUUGGUCCUGAUCCGUUCGGACUGGAUGAUAAGAUCCUGGAUCCUGUCUGCCGUAACCCACAAGACCCCCACCGCGUUUCUGAUGCACUGUUACGUUGGCAUUUCCGACAGGCAGUUCUAGCGAACAUGCAAGGUGCGGGUGAACCAAUAUUCGAGCAUGAUUUUCCACCGGGCACGGAUAUGUUGGCCGAGUUGCGAAACGAACCUGAACCAUAUGGAAAGCAGCGUUUCGAGAUGGAACUGUUUUCAGGACUCAAAAAUGGUGCACCAAAAUCGACCCCACAGAACAGCAUACGCUAG